GAAAUCUUCAAACUAUUUCGAGGUUUUACCAGAGAAUCUACUUGAAGUCCUUGGAAAAUGAAGCGAACUCUCCUGAUUAUGUCCAUAGUUAUUUGUGGCCUAGCUGAUGUGAAGGCACUAAACUGUCAGGAGUGCCUAACGGAUAACGAAGUGUAUUGUGUAGACCAAACUUCCUAUAGGAAUUGCAUCAAAAGUAAACCUUUUGGCAACGUGAUCAGCUGCCCCACCGAUACCGUUUGCACAAAUUCCAAAAAUGUUUGUGUGAAAAGUUCUGAGCUACCAGACUCUAUAGUCGAUGUCUGUGGAGCCUCCGGUGGAAAUGAAUGUGCAACGUGCACCAAUCAAAAUUAUGCUUGCGUUAGCAAAAAUCAAUUUAUAAGAUGCGAUGGAUCGAGUUUGGUGGACUCCAACAUCUAUGAGUGCGAUACUGAUGAGAUUUGCAGUUCGGAAGCUCUUGAACAGUUCGACAACAUAUGUGCGCCUUCGUGUGUUCUUGAUUUUCUCAGCUUGAGAGCCACUUGCAGCAACAGUGAAUACACGACCACAACUACCGCAGCUCCGACAACUGUCACACCCAGUAUAGAUCAGAAAAAGAAAGCCUGCGAUGAAGCAAAUAAAGAACUUGAAAUACCUGAAGGCACCAUGUACUUCUUUACGAUCUACAAAGAGGAUACUUCCUGUCACACUUAUCUCUACUGCCAGAAAAAUUCAACCACAUGGGACACCGCUUAUUUAUCCUGCGAACAACCCAAGCCAUAUUUCGAUUCAACUGCCAGCCUCUGCGUAGCGACGAAACCGUCUGGAUGCUCCUAAAUCGGAUAAUCCUUUGUUUGCAGAACAUACAUAUAUCAUUAGACGAUCUUUAAGUUUGAAUUUUCAGCUUCAGCACCUUUAAAUAAUAUAUUAUGGGAUUUGGGCAUUA